AUGGUAGGCAAAAGAGACGCUGUGGCCGCAGCGCCGCCCCUUCCAUCUGGAUCUCUAGCCGCUGCUGCCGCCGCAGCUGCCGCGCUGUUCGUGGCAGCGGUCAGCAACGAGCUGACGCUAAAAAAAUGGAGUCCACGCACCCCACCUCACAAACUCAUAACAUCUUGCAUGUCCAAAAAACAUCCGAAAAUAGCCUCACACCGACUCAACAGAGUUGCUCUGUACGGCCUAGAGCCAGCUGUAACUGAACGACAGACAAUUGAAGGGUUGCUAGCGCCUGCCGUGGCAAGGGGAUGGUUAGAAGCUAAUAUUCACUGAAGGCAAGAUGAAACUUGAGCGCCACACGAACGUGAAGACAUGAGAGCCCAGAAGGACAUGCAAAGCAAUGCUUCCAGAUCUACGGCUAUGAGACUUCGGCUACCGUUUCUAAGGUUGCAGAUACACCAUUUCCUCAUUGAGUUUGCAUAACAUGAGCAGUGUAGCAGUUUCAUAGGGA